AUGUCUCCCAAGAAGGCUCGUGUUUCGAAGGGGAAAUCUGCGGCACCAGCACCUGAGGAGGUCGAGACUACUGCCAUGCCGUUUGGAGUCCCUUUUCCCUCUGUGGCCUUCUCUGAUAGAGAAGACCCAGGUCAGAGCGGUAUUCUUCACGCCUCUUUCAGCGGUGACUUCCUGGUUAGAGAAGCCCGCCAAUUUAACGAGGGUUGUGAUGAUAGCAUCCCCGGAUUGAUUCGUGAAGGCAAUCGUCGCACCUUACGUGCUUUGUUGACUGAUUCGCCUUUAACUCCGACCCGGGAUUCCACAGAGCCUUUAAAGAAGACAGAUUAUUUAUUCGGGGAUUCAGUUGAAGAUCCAGAUACUCUUUGCCGCGGGCCUGAAAUUUGGUUGAAUGAGCACGAAGGUGCUUUUCUAUUCCUUCCUCCAUUCCCUCGCCAUUAUUCAAUUCUGCAAUUAAGGAAUCUGGCUGUUUCGAGGAAAAUGACGUGGCACCUGACAGAAGAUCAUGAGCGCAUUCAUUGCGGAUUCAUUGGUAAUGAUGUUAGUGCUCCUGGCUCUAUCGGUAGGCAUAAUAUCCGUGGUCUUCAUCCGGGAAUAUUUGGACCAGAUGGUGGCCCCCAGAAUGAACUGAUGAUAAGGGCCAAUACGGUAAAGAAUAGGCUCGCUCGGGUUGGCAGAGAAUUUCCCAUUCCAAAAUUCAGAUGUUAUGGAUGGGUUCAUUCUCUUCCCGACAAAUGGUGGGCUAGGAUGACCAACUAUGUACUCCAUCGGUGGGAUCAAGAGUUAAGGAAUUUGGGAUUAUAUGCUCCAAUCCGAUCCAGCAUGCAUGGUCUCCCAGUCAGUGUAGAUCACUUCCUUGCCUUGUUCGAGUCUUAUAUUCCGGAAACAAAUACAUUUCUUACCAAAUAUGGGGAGUUAGGGCUUCCGCUCCAUGAAAUGAUGAAAACAGCGAUAGCCAAGAUCGAAGUGAAGAGUAAGAAGGCGGCUCGAGUGAGUUUAAAACAGUUCGCCGACUACUUGUUUCAGAACCUCGAGAGCGUGACCGGUGAAGCUGUCUGUGAAUUGCCGAUUCUGACCCCUGCUGACGUUAAUCAGCUAAUCACAAAGAUUAAUGCUCAGUCUUACAGAACUGAGUCAUCUGAAGGUGGUUUUCUUAGAGGCACAAAAUUCAGCACUUUCUUGUGGCAAUCCACAAAGAGAAUGAAGCCUGCGACUCUCCUCUCCGGUUAUCUGGCUAUAUGGCUAAAGAAAUGUGUAGUGCCGCAUCAAUCUUCUGAGGCACUUCCUCUGGAGGUUCUCCUUCUCGCUGUGCAAUUAGCCGUCGGCGGUAGGUUAUCUUUACUCUCCGCUAUGAUGGCUGACCUCCAUAGUGGUUUGCGUAACUUGGCCACCACUUUUACAAAAACGGGUACUGAGCCUUCGACUAAGAUUCCCCUGUCGAGCGUUGAACUGCCGUACACAUAUUUAAUGGCGUGGCUGGUCCUCCACCGAACGGACAUGAUGUCAGCACCUGACGUGUCUGAUCCAGAAAUUCCGUUGCUACAGCUCUUGGAGGGAAGUAAGUGGUUGUAUCCUUCCCGACAGUGGCCUGACAGGGUGAGGCAGUUUAAAAAUGCCAAGUGCUGGGAAUUUUACAAGUGUUUCCCUCGAUUUUCUGGUGCAUAUAAUGACACUCUCGUUGAUGAGGAAAUGCCUGGGGCUAACAGGACUUCUCUCGACAUGGGCAGCUUCCAUUGGCUCAUGAACAUUCGACCAUGUUAUAAUGUUUUCCGAUCGAAGAACCUUUGCAGGAUCGAGCCUUAUUUUCCUUGCCGUUUUGCGCGACAAUUCGGCUACAGUCAGCUGUACGUCGGGAAUCCCAAUAAAUGGUUAAUAAACUGCGGAGGUCUCAUUGAUGGAGUACGAGCUUGGUUCUGGAAUGUUGCUGGCUGUACCGAAACUCAGUUUAGUUUGCCUAUCGCUGAGCCUGAUCUUCACUUAACUUUCCUCUACUGCCGGUGGAUUUUGGCCGCCAACACUCCUCUUGCGAAGAAGAAGAUUUCCGAACUGGAAUCCGAGGCUGUGGUUCGGAGAAUUGUAUCUAGAAAAGGAAAGGAACCUGCUACAUCUUCCCGCAAAGGAAAACGGGCAGCUGAUUCCGAAGAGAGUGACGACUUCGAGACAUCCAGUGAGGAAGAUGAGACGGAGAUUAAUAUUCCUCCUUCUCCUGUGGCCUACAGAACUCGUCGGGCUUCUUCACCCUCGUCACCGGGUAUUCCUUCAAAAGGUAUACAGAUGAAGGAAAAGAACAUUCCUUUGUCGACUUCCAACAAGAUGACUGUUCAAUGGCCCGCGCGGGAGGAAGAGGCGGAAGAAGAGGAAGAAGACGUUGUCCCGCUUCUUAGCAGGAAAAGAUCUCGGCCUACUGCUCCUUCUGAGGUUCAACCUCGGCCAGCUCAAGGAACCGAACUACGCACCAAGUUUCGCCAUGAGAGCUCUGAGGUUCCUCGUGAUUCUCGUGCUUCAAAGAGGAUUAAGAAGACAGCUCAUCACCAACGUCAACUUUCCCCAUUACUUGAAGAGAGAUUUACUCAGGAUCUUCCAGUUGAUAAAGGGGUUGAGCUAGAAGAGGAAGGAGAAAUCAUUCCCGAGCCUUCUUCUCUGGGUUUAAUGGAUGUUGAUGAAUCCAGCUUUACUCAACAGGUACAAAGAGCGAUGAGUGAAGAACCCCUCAAUAUGGACACUGCCCCUCCGGCCACUACAUCGACCUCGCCAACCGCUGACACAGUUAAACUAAAGGAGGUGAGUGCGGGUAGUAGCGCUGCUGAUCCCGCAACUGCUAUUGAAGACAUCCAUGUCAACGAACCGAGAGCCACAGAACUUACCCAUGAUAUGGGUAUCGGAGAUUUCGAUGAACGUGAUUUUGAUCUUGAUAUUUUCGAAGAUGUACACCAGGAGAUCUCCGAUAUACUGUCAGCUCCGGUUCCACCUGCUACUGCAAGACCAACUAGUCGAGUUGAUUCAACUGAAGUAGGUGCAUCAAAAGACGUAGGACCAACGAAUAAAGUUGAUACUUCUACCAUCAUUGGUGAGUGCGAUCAACCUGAAGGCUUGGGUUUCUUACCUUUGGCAAGUCCCCCAGCUGAAGUUGACCCGCCAGUUACUAUUCCUCCAACUUCCGCUAUUGUCGAGGUUGAACCUGUUGUGCCUUCCGCUCCGACUCCAGUGGUUCAUGAAGCAGGAGGGUCGAAGGUUACAGUAGAAGAGCAACCCCCUGCUACUUCGGCUCAACUUGGAUUUGUUCCUCAAGAUCUUGUCGAUUUGAAUUCGAAGCCAUCAGAAAUCGCAAUUGAACAACAGCCUGAUGUGGUGAAUCCACCGUCCAGCACCAUCUCUGCACAAACUUCGGUUGUCGUGGAGCGUGUCCCAGCAUCGACAAGUCAAGAUCUUUCUUCAUCAUUAUCAGAUCAGAUUCACGCUCUGUUGGUCGACGACGAUCCGGAUAAGGCCGUCAUCUGUUCUAAUCUCCAAGGCUUCAUCCCCUUCUUGAACUCUAUGGUGGAUCGUAUUCUCUUCAAAGGAUCGUACUUUGAGAGUUAUAACAAAUCUCUUGGGCGUUUUAUAUCAGGGUUCAAAGAGGAAGGGUAUAGUGAGUUAGCCGAUUCAAUCAACGCUUAUUUGGUUGAUUUGAAGCGACAUGUUGAACUUCUACAAGCUCUUCGUACCAAAGGCAUACCCUCUUACAUCGCUUCCCACAUGGAAUCCAAUUUGCAAGCGUGGCGUGAUUCCCAACAAUCAGCUAACCUCGAACUUCAAAAGCUAAGAGCCCGAAGUGAUCAACUUAGGGUGAAUGUUGGCAAAAGAACACAAGCCAAGGUUAACCUACGCCGGGAUUUAGAAUCGAGUCGAGCGGAAAUAGCUCGCUUAGAGGAGGAACUUGCAAUGGCCAAGGAUGCUUAUGAUGUCUUGGAGUCCGAGUUGAAGCAGGAAACUCAGGUUGAAGAAAACCUGUUACAGUAG